CACACCCCUUCCCAGGAAAGGCCCUUCUUUGGGAAGGCCCCUAUCAUAGGAAGGGGUUAAGAAUGUUCCUCUGUGGGCUCUUAGGCCAGUGUAUCCUAGAGCCAACCGCCAAACUAGAGGUCUCUCUGAUGCUGUUAGCACCCACCACACCGAGGCAGGGAGAUGGAAUGGGACCCCGCCACCGUGCGAUGACACAAGCUAUCCGUGAGUCCAGUGAACUAGGAUCAAACUACUCUGUCUGUAGACGCUUUUUCAUCAUGAUAAAGUGUCACAGGCCUGUCACCGCUAUCCCAACUUCCGCUCGCGCCGAGACAAAGCAUUACCAAGAAAUCCGCCAGGGGGCAGUGGAGCGCUACUGAGGAGCUUCCGGUCUGACAGGUCAGAGGGUCCCCCACCCCGCCUGUGCCCUGAAGGAUCCGAUGAAUGAAGCUGAAAAUAGCUCUACAGCUUCGAACCCCAUGGCUCCUAGCUCCAGGGUCUGCAGUCUCGCCUGAGUCCCGCGUUCGGUGGCGCCAUCCCCCCUUCCAGCUUCCCCGCCGCUCCUUGGGUGCCUCGUGGGGACGCGGGCGACUAUGUCUGUGGCUCCGCGCUCGCUGAGCCAAGAAGCGUGUCCUCGGAUUUGAGAAAAAGAAACCCAACGAGGCGCUUUUAGUUCUCACCCCGCCAUCCCAAGGUUCCUCUGAAUGCGGGAAGGAACUCGCUACCUACAAGUUCCACCGAAGCCUACUCAGGAGAUGUUAAUGUGCUUGAGCCAGGAGCUGCACACGCAGGCCGAGGGAGAAGCUGAAAGAUCUGAUGGGAGCUGGAGGUCCAGCUGCUCUCCGGUGCCCACAGGGUGCCAGGAAUGAAACGACUGUAUGACCCUAUGUUUCCCAUGGCUCUUCCCAUAUACUGACCUGUUGUUUAUAAUGGCAUCCGAGACUGAGAAGACUCAUGCGUUACUGCAGUCCUGUAGCACGGAAUCUCUUAUUUCCAGCCUUGGUCUGGGGAUAUUUUGCCUAGUAGCUGACAGAAUUCUUCAGUUUCCCAUAAUUCAGCAAAAUGACUGGAUUCGUGCUCUCUCAGAUAACGCAGCACACUGUGUGAUUGGCAUGUGGUCUUGGGCAAUAGUCAUUGGAAUCAAGAAGAAGACUGACUGUGGAGAAAUCAUUUUAGCUGGAUUUCUAGCUUCUGUUAUUGAUGUGGACCAUUUUUUCCUCGCUAGAUCCCUGUCUUUAAAGGUGGCUUUGACUCUUCCACGAAGACCUUUCCUUCACUGUUCCACUGUGAUACCCAUCGUGGUUCUGACCCUGAAGCUUAUUAUGCACCUCUUCAAGCUCAAAGACUCCUGGUGCUUUCUCCCAUGGAUGUUAUUUAUAUCCUGGGCCUCCCACCAUAUCCGAGAUGGAAUUCGUCAUGGCUUAUGGAUAUGCCCAUUUGGAAAAACUUCUCCUUUGCCAUUCUGGCUUUAUGUAAUAACCACAGCAUCUUUACCUCAUCUCUGCUCAUUCAUUAUGUGUUUAACAGGGACCAGACAAGUGAUGUCUUCAAAACAUGGAAUUCGGAUUGAUGUCUGAGGUAAUCAGAUGAUUCAGGUGAUGAAAAUAAAUGGUAGCCAUACUAAAGUGGCUAUCUAAAAUCACAGUUAGGUACUUCUAUUAUUUAAUUAUAAUUCUUGAAUCCUAUUGCUCAGAAGGCAUGUAUAAUUUUUUAAAAAUCAUAUUUUUUAUAAUUCUAUUUCUCUCAUACUUGACACUUUAGUACAGUAAUAGAGUUCUAUUUAUUCCAUGAUAUGUUUUCUUUUUCUUUUUUUCUUUCUUUUUUUUUUUUUUUGACAGGCAGAGUGGACAGUAAGAGAGAGAGAUACAGAGAAAGGUCUUCCUUUGCCGUUGGUUCAUCCUCCAAUGGCCGCCGCAGCCGGCGCGCUGCGGCUGGCGCACUGCGCUGAUCCGAUGGCAGGAGCCAGGUACUUAUCCUGGUCUCCCAUGGGGUGCAGGGCCCAAGAUUUUGGGCCAUCCUCCACUGCACUCCCGGGCCAUAGCAGAGAGCUGGCCUGGAAGAGGGGCAACCAGGACAGAAUCCGGAACCCCGACUGGGACUAGAACCCGGUGUGCCAGCGCCUCAAGGCAAAGGAUUAGCCUAGUGAGCCACGGCGCCGGCUCCAUGAUAUGUUUUCAUCAUUUUUUCUGUUUCUGGCUUUACUUAUGCUUUUGUUAGAUGAACAUCAAGUUUAUUGGCUAAGAAUAUACCUCUAAGUCCAUUUCCUGAUGAAAAUAGCUCAAAUUUUAGGGUAACUAUUUGUGGAAACAGCAUUAUAUUUGAAUCUACAUUUUCCUGAGAUAUUUAAACAAUGAACUGGCCAAAAUGAGGUUAUGAAUAAGACAUGUAGUGCAUGCUGACAUGUGUUUAUUUCAUAAAUGUUGAUCCUAACUAAUUUGCAAAGUACUCUAUGGGUUAUGAUUACUAGCAAAAUUUGCUUCAGAACUCUUUUAGGAUAUCAUCCUUGCAAUAUUCGUAAAAGACAGUAACAUUAAGUCUUGAUUAUUAUUCUAGAAGCCGUUUUAGAAAAGAAUCAUUAUAAUAUGUUGAGUAUAGUGAGUAUAGUAACAUUUUACUAAAAUAGUAUUUUUUAUUAUCUUUGCCCAAGAAUCUCAUGUUAGUAUUUUAGCUGUUUGGGAAAAAUAAAAAUACAUUUCACAAAAUAUUUGUUAACAAAUAGCAUUAGCAAAAUAUGUUACUUGGACCAUAACCACAGAAUUUGAAUUCACACCAAAAAAAAAUCGGCAGUAAUGUCAUUUCAGAUGUAAACUCCAGAAUGUGUUAUUCCAUCUGUCUUAGUUGCUGUCAAUUUGUUUACAUAUUAUUAAAAAAUACUGUACAGGUUAAGCCAUUUUUUAAAAAUCUGUCUCAUACUUCAAGAGAAAACUUUUUUUUUUUUUCAAAAUAAAGUAGUUUUAGGAAAUUUGCUUUUUUCCUUUGGUCUUUCAGGGUGAUCUUCUGUUAACAUGGUUAACCUUUAUCAAAAAAAGGAAGAUUUAGUUGCUGUAAAUUUUACAUUUGUACACGUUUAUUAUUUUGAUGUUAAAAUCAGUACCCCAAAGGUACCUGCUUUUCUUUGUGGCAUAUAAGUACCAUCUGCUAGCUUUGUGGUUUAUGAUGCUAUUGAUUGUGUGCCUUAUUCUCUGAGAAAUGGUGGGUGAUUCAUAAAGCAAUGCCUUAUCCAAAGCAGGGUUUUCUUAUAGACUAAGUUAAACAGAGCUUUGUAAAUUGUUAUGAAGGUUAUAGCUCUUUAGGGAAGAAACUUGUUUUUUUUCAUAAUGUUAACAUAUUUAUUCCAUUAUGUUGCUAUGUUUUACAGUCUAUUAGAUUUUACAAUCUGUUGUUUGUUGUCUUCAAGAAUAAUCAUUAUGUGAAUUUGCUUUAUUGAUAUAAUAGCACAUAUAACAGUAGUAAAUCUGAUUAAAUUGGAGAUUUUUUUAAAAAAGCAUCUGAUUGAAGAAAUACGUGGAAAUAAAGUCUGUAUCUUGUGUAUCUUUGAGUAAA